AGGGGAGACUCCAUUCCCAACUCAACCACAAAAUAUACAUGCAAUCAAGAUUAGGUUCAUGGGAAUAAAUCUACAAUGUGGAUUGCUUAAUGGAACACCCAGCCAUGGAGUAAAUCCUUUACAGAAGGAGGGGGUAAUCUUGGCAGCUGACAGCACCUAUCACCCAAACAGCAGCAGCCAAAAGCAGGUUCAGAAUCUUGUCCAUCGUUAGAGAGAGGAGAGUAGAUAGGAACUUGUGUUACUUGAUCAUUGGUGAGGGAAAGAGACACUGAGAGGGACCAAACUACGCCACAACAAGGCGAGUUCUAGAUUUGUGUUUUCCUAUCACAGUAAGCCAAUCGAAGGUGGCUGACACUUGUUUUUGCCUGGUUGGGCUGAGGUGCUCUUCCACAUCUCAAGAACCCAACCUGUCACUCCAGCAUAGAGAGAGAGAGAGAGAGAGAGAGAGAGAGAGAGAGAGAGAGAGAGUGGAGAUGGUAAGAGGAUAGGCUGUAAAGAGAGAAGCGAGGAUAGUAGCAAAAGAGGAAAGGGGCGAUUGAUGACGGAUGGUGAUGACAAUUUAUGGCCGAACUUAAAAGCAGCAAGUAAGACGAAGCGGUGAAGAAGAAACCGGGUCCCUGCGAGCAGAGGAGACAACAUGGAGUCGAGUAACUUGCAGAGGAGAUACAUUGACUUCACAUCAACCCUCUUCCGCGAGGGGUUUCUGGAUAGCCAGUACACACAGCUGCAGCAGCUGCAGGAUGAGAGCAACCCCGACUUUGUUACGGAGGUCGUCACUCUUUUCUUUCAAGAUUCUGAGAAGCUUCAGGAUGAACUAAGCAGGACGCUAGAUCAGGAGGUCGUGGACUUCAAGAAGGUGGCUGCUCAUGUGCACCAGUUAAAAGGCAGCAGUGCCAGCAUAGGUGCUCAGAGAGUCAAGAAUGUCUGCAUGGCCUUCCGCAUCUGCUGCGAGGAGAUGAACCGAGAAGGGUCAGCAUGCGAUCUCUCGAAAUACAUGAUUCUUGUUCUUGGUCGCCACCGAGUUCACCGUAGGACUCGCCUUGUUGCAGGUGCCUCAGAUGUCUGCAGCAAGUGCGGCAGGAGUAUUUCCUGGUGAAGAGCAAGCUGGAGACUCUGUUCCUGCUGGAGCAGCAGAUCGUGGCCGCCGGUGGAUCCAUCCCAAUAAUGUGGUAGCAGUCCUUGCGAAGCCAGGUGUUGAUAGGGCGCGGCGCAGGAAGAGUUGGCGAAGCUGUUUGUUCGCUUGCUGUCAAGCCAUGUUUUGUUAUGCUCUGCUUUCGCAGUUCCCUUUUGGCCCACUCGUGAGAGGAUGCCAUCAUGACUCAACAAACAAAAAACCUUUGGGUGUUAGAUCUGUACGCACCAUCUUGUUUCCCAUCUCUGUACUUGUGAUGAUACACGAUACUUGGUUUCUAACCA